AGUAUAAAACGUAGAAUUUAGGUAGAAACGGCAUCAGUUAGCUUAGCCGACUGAGACAUGAAUCAAAAAUCGUAUUCGGUUUUGUUCUGUGCCCUUUUGGCAAGCAGCCUCAUCCAUGAAGCAUUAACGCUCGCAGUGUUACCACCUGGAAACUACCAAGGACCUGGAGGAUUCGGAGGCAUUGGAUAUGACGGAUAUGGUGGUGUAAGCAGAAGAUACGGACAAACUAUUCAAACAGCUCCCGUUGCCGCAGCUCCUCUUGCAGCAGCUCCAUAUGCCGCAGCUCCUGUUGCCGCAGCUCCCUACGCCGCAGCUCCCAUUGACUCAUCCUCUGAUGUUGUAGCUGCCGUUGACUCUUCCAACGAUUAUGCUGCUUCCGUUGAAUCAUCUUCAUACUACGCCUCUUCCGUUGAUUCAUCUUCAGACUACGAAUCUGCGGUUGCUGUUGAUGCAGCUCCUGAUUACGUAGCUCCUGUUGCCGCAGCUCCCUACGCCGUAGCUCCUGUUGCUGCAGCUCCCUAUGCAGUAGCUCCAAUUGACUCAUCCCCCGAUGUUGUAGCUGCCGUCGACUCUUCCAACGAUUAUGCUGCUUCCGUUGAAUCAUCUUCAUACUACGCCUCUUCCGUUGAUUCAUCUUCAGACUACGCAUCUGCGGUUGCUGUUGAUGCAGCUCCUGAUUACGUAGCUCCUGUUGCCGCAGCUCCCUACGCCGUAGCUCCUGUUGCUGCAGCUCCCUACGCAGUAGCUCCCAUUGGCUCAUCUCCCGAUGUUGUAGCUGCCGUUGACUCUUCCAACGAUUAUGCUGCUUCCGUUGAAUCAUCUUCAUACUACGCAUCUUCCGUUGAUUCAUCAUCGGACUACACGGCUGCGGUUGACGUUGAUUCAGCUCCUGAUUACGUAGCUCCUGUUGCCGCGGCUCCCUACGCCGUAGCACCUGUUGCCGUAGCUCCCAUUGACUCAUCCCCCGAUGUUGUAGCUGCCGUUGACUCUUCCAACGAUUAUUCUGCUUCCGUUGAAUCAUCUUCAUACAACGCAGCUUCCGUUGAUUCAUCGUCGGACUAUGCAGCUGCGGUUGCCGUUGAUGCAGCUCCUGAUUACCUAGUUCCUAUUGAUGCAAGUCCAGACUUUGUAGCUCCCAUAGACCUAGCCCCACUUGACGCAAGUCCCGACUUUGUAGCUCCCGUAGACGUGGCUCCUGAUUUUGUAGCUGCUGUUGACUCAUCCAACGAUUAUUCUGCUUCCGUCGAAUCCGGUUCAUAUUACGCAGCUUCAGUUGACACGUCUUCUGACUACGCUGCUGUAGUUGAUACAGCUCCUGAUUAUGUAGCUGCUGUCGAUGCAAGUCCCGACUAUGUAGCUCCCAUUCAGCUAGCUCCAAUUGAUGUUGCUCCCGAUUAUGUAGCUGCCGUUGACUCAUCUAACGACUAUUCUGCUUCCGUUGAAUCAGCUUCAUAUUACGCUGCGUCCGUUGAAUCGUCUUCUGAUUAUGCAGCAGUUGAUAUAGCUCCCGAUUACGUAGCACCUAUUGGCAUCGCUCCCGAUUACGUAGCUCCAGUUGAUGCAUCUGCCGCAGCAGCUAGCGUCGUUACUGAAACCAGCGUUGUAAAGGAGACCGUUAGCGUCAAACAGACAUCUAGUGUUGUGGUUUCCAGCGAAUCAGUCGCUCAAAUUUCUGGAUUUGGAUAUGGUAGUGGACAAGUACAACUCUUCGUCAAUCCUGCUGGACUAUUCGGUUUUUACAACACCGAAUACGACGUUGCUGCAAUUUACGAAGCUAGCAGUAGCAGUGUUGCUUAUCUUAGCGGUGGAAAAGGAUAUGGAUCAUGGUAUGAUCUUGGAGCCAACAAAGGAUUAUACUUUAGCCAUGACAGCUACCCUGAUGCAUGGUUUUCAUCUAACAGUCCCUUCGAAACAUACUUCAGUGGCUUAAAAUCUUUGUCUAGCUAUAGUUCUAUCGACAGAGGUAUCUCCUACGAACAUUACUAUGCCGAUGAUUACAUUAAUGAGGACAUUUCCGGCAUCUUCUCUGGUCUCUGGCCUUACUAUGAAGACUAUGGAGCAUACGGAUAUGAAAGAGGAUUUAACUACUUUGGUUCAGUUGGAAAUCACAUCAUCACCACACUCCAAUCAAACAGUUUGGCUGGAUUUGGUGGCCUAAUUAGAAAACCUAUCACCUUGCAAUAUGGUCUUCCUGGAUUCCUAAACAUCAUUGAAGGUUUCAAUCUCUUAACUAGCAGAGUUAAAGGAGGUUGCGGUGCAUUCAGCGCAAAUGGUUUCCAAUUCAACCUGAACAACAUCGUUGGAGCAUCUAAUGGUAUCGAAGGUCUAACCCAGUACUUGUACCAAGUAUCACCUCACUACGACUUGGGAAUUUACUCUUCCUUGUUCAAUAGUCCCGAAUAUCUCUUUAACUUGCUUGUAAAACUGGGUGGAAAUGUCAACUAUGGUAUUACUGGAGCUCUCAAGAUUGUCCUUGGUUUGAUAACCUACGAUGGUAGCGACACCUCUUUAUACGAACUGAUUUCCGUCAUCUACAACUUUGCUGCUUUCACUGAAAACGGUUUGAACGACGACUUGGACUUGCUCUACGUCGAACUGGAAAACGUUUUAUUCUUCCUCGAUCAUCACGAAUCUUACAGUGCCAACUUUUACGGUUUAUCCAGUUCCGUCUAUGGAUUUAGAAGCGGAAACUUCGUAUACAAGAACAUCGAUAUUGGCAACGUAGUGAAUAUCCUUAUCAGCGGUGUAGCACGUGGACCUAGCUUCAGUUUCAGCUGGAUCUCAUCUCUGUUCUUCGAAGUCAGAAAUGUCAUCGAGCCUGGCGUAGCUUUUCCUGCUCUUGGUGUAUCUUUACUUUCUCACUUUAAUGACCCAUUAGGCUUGAACCUCAUCAACUCUUACGGUCUUGGAGACUUAGGAGUAUCACCAAUAGCUGGAAACAUCUUGCCUAGUUUCCUUGGAGUCAACGACGUUUAUCCUCUCCUAAGCAGUCAAUCAGUCUACGAUUUCUUCGGUGGACUACCUUCCAUCGGUCCAGUUUUCAGCGCUUUCAGUAACGGAUUCAACUAUGCCAACAAGUACUAUGGUUUGAGCUACGAUCUUAAAAACCUCUACGACUCAACCGAUUAUCUGCCUGGUAUAGUACAAGGUAUAUUCCGCAAUGUUGGAUAUGUCAUCUUCCCAGUGGAAAAAGACGUUCUGAUCCGUUCCAGAGAAAUUGUACGCAGUGUCACCAGUCUUGAAGUGUCCUAUGGUUUGACAUACAGUGACCAUGCUUAUUCCUAUGGAAAUUUUUAAGAUGUGAUACCUCCUGAAAAAUAUAAUUCAUGAUAUUUAAUGAUAAUAAAGGAUAAAUAAGUGUUACAUUAAAUAGGCAAAAGAAACAGAAAAAUAAAUCGAAUACACUUUAA